UGUGUUUCGUCACUUCCGAGAUGUGUGACGGCGUUAGCGUGACAGCAGCAGGUAGACAGAAAUCCUGCUAAUCGAUUUAAAUCCCAGACUUUCAAUGUUGGCUCAAGUCUUUUGGACCCCACUGUAUUCCUCUUUUGUUGGGUUGUACGUGUAUAUAUCUUCUAUAUAGGGGUUAUGCAUGUCUCUUUUGACAGGUGAUGGGGGCAGACAGUGGUCCGGGAGCUCCGUCGGCCGUCCCUUGGCAUAAAGUGCUUUAUGAGCGCCAGCCGUUCCCGGACAAUUACGUGGACCGCCGUUUUUUAGAGGAGCUACAGCGCAACAUCAGCGUCCGUCAGUACCGUUACUGGGCAGUGGUGCGAGAAACAGGACUGAUCGCACAGCAGGUGUCUUGCGUGGCUGUCUUUCUCACAUUAUGGUCUUAUAUGGAACAGGGAGACCUGGUGCCAUCCACAGUGUUGUGGGUCUGUCUGGGCUGUGUUCUGCUGGGCUACGGACUCUACGAGAUCCUGGGAAGAACUUGUGUUAGAGAGCGCACACGUCUGGCAGACCUGCAGAGCGCGACCAUUUUCCUGGCUUUUACCUUCGGGUUCUCCCCUGUUUUAAAGACACUGACCGAGUCGGUUAGUACAGAUACUGUAUACGCCAUGUCAGCCGUUAUGCUCUUGGCUCACAUGGUGUCCUUCCCUUAUGCCCAACCAAGUCCACCGGGCAGCCUUUCCCUCAAUGCAGCACUUUUUGGGUCAGUGUGCCUGGCGUCCCGGCUGCCCGGUGCCCUGCAUACUUUCACCAUGCUGAGCUGCGCUCUCCUUGUGUUUGCUCUCUGGCCCUGCCUGCUGCAUCGCAUGCGAGAGAAGGCAGAGUGGAGCUUCCCGUGGGCAGCAGGGCUGGUGUGCCUCGCUGGAGUCAGGGGUCUGGGUAGCCUGUGGCCUGAGGGGGCACUCCUCUUCUCCCUGGCUUUGCUAACACUAACUUUAAUCUGUCCACUGUUACUGGUCCACCUCCAGAGGCAUAAGGACAAUAUUCAUGGUCCAUGGGACGAGGCAGAGAUCAGAGAGGACCUCUCCCGCUUCCUCAAUUGAAACAGCUUAAAACUGACUGGGCUAAAGGGCUUUAAGACAGUUUUUAACUAUUUUAUAUGUUGUUUUUGACGGAAUUAAGAAAAGGGCUAGUUUUGAGAAUCUUUUGCACUUUCUCUUAAGCUCAGGGACAAAUAAGAAUGGUUGAAAAAUAAGACUGUUUGGAAAACUGUUAAAUGGUUGAAUAUCAUGAAAACGUGUGGGAGUCUCAUUUCACCACAAAAAUCAAAUGGAAUAAAAGAAGAAAUUCUAUUUUGCAUAAAGAAAAUGAAGCCCAUGUUAAGAUAAUGACAAUUAAAUGCAUAAAAUUUGGCUUAGUAGUAUUUGUUUUACUGUCUUUGAUUAUUAUUUACAUCAGCAUAAAUUAAAGAAUUGUGUCCAGGCAGGAUGAUUUUCAUUACUGUAUUACGGAAAUGAGAAUUGGGGAAAAGUGUGCUUGAAUUGUCAUAAUGUCAUAAGGCUUCUAUUUCUGUAAAGGAACUUGUACUGAAUAGUACUUUAAGCAAAAUAUAAUUUCUUUAUUUUGAUUUUGGUUUGAAAUAUGACCCGGACAUGUUCUUGAUAAAGUGGUAAAUGUGGUUAGGGAGUUAUAAACAUUUUAACAGUAUUUAUAUAAAAAAUUGUGUAUUCCUGAAUUGCUUGAUUAAAAAAGUUUUAACAGUUUUAGAUGUUUUUAUAAAUGCAAUUAUUUUAUUAACUGUGUUUGAAAUAAAUGUUGUCUUUAUGUUGGUGUUGAAAUGUUAUUACACAAAUACAUUGGAUUUAUUUUAAAUGGAGGUGAUCUUGAAACCAGUUACAAGGGUUGAAAUUAUUUGUCCACAAGAUGUCAGUCCUACCUUGACUUCUUUACUGGGCCAGAUAAAAAAACUGCUGUUAGGGUGGGCCUACUCUGAGGAGAGAGCUGUGGCUUGUUAUUGGUAUUUCUGCAGUGUUAACUAUUGUUCAAGAAGGACAACAUAACAGCAGUCAGCAAGACAUGUCUGUCAGUCUUCAAUAAGCUUUUGUAUGCUUUCUUUAGAGUAAUUUAUGACUGACAAAAUUAUCUUUGUAGGAACUCACCAAACUGAAGCAUUUUGAUACUGUGGCACAAUGCAAAAUAAAUG